CACUAAUACACAGUCAUUCACCAUCAACUAGGAUUCUGGAUUGUGGAUUAUGUUUUGAUUUGAUAACAUCCACCCCUGACUAUCCAUAUCCUCUCACAUCUUUUCUUUCCUUAAUUACAAUAUUUGAACAAUCAAAUUUCUAAAUCUGUCACCAAUUUCUCAAGAAAAUAAUUAGGUAUUCACAUUUCACUACCAAAUUAUCUCAACUAUAUAAACCAACUUCCAUUGUUCUACUGCUCAGUACAAAAAUGGCUUGCACUAGUUGUACUAUCAAUCUGGGAAUUUGGGUUCAAACAUCUUCAAUUUACAAGGCUAAUUCUAGAUCUAGAUCUUCCAUUUCAAAGAUUAUUAACCAUGGCAGCAAUACUUUUUCUUUAUCCCCUUUACUCACAAGAAAAUCACCUAAAAAGUUAUCUACAAUUUCUGCAAUCCUUACAAGAAAUGAAACCGCAAUUGACCCAUCUGAGAACAAAAAACCCCAAGAAAUCCCAUCAACAGUACCGUUUGAUUUCAAGUUAUACAUGGUGGAAAAGGCAAAAUCGGUGAAUAAAGCUUUAGAUAUGGCGGUAACUCUUAAACAUCCGGAAAAAAUCCAUGAAGCUAUGAGAUAUUCAUUGCUUGCAGGGGGGAAGAGGGUUAGGCCAAUGCUUUGUAUCGCCGCUUGCGAACUUGUAGGCGGUGAUGAAGCGGCUGCUAUGGCUGCCGCUUGUGCUGUAGAGAUGAUCCACACCAUGUCAUUAAUUCAUGAUGAUCUCCCUUGCAUGGAUAACGACGAUCUCCGUAGAGGAAAACCCACCAACCACAAAGUGUUUGGUGAAGACGUUGCUGUCCUCGCAGGGGAUUCACUUCUGUCCUUCGCUUUCGAGCACAUGGCUACGGCCACUCCAUUAAACCAGGUCUCCCCCGGCCAGGUUGUUCGGGCUGUUGGAGAACUUGCUCGUGUUAUCGGAGCGGAAGGGCUCGUAGCAGGUCAGGUAGUCGACAUCGAUUCUGAAGGUGCCGUCGACGUCGGACUCGAGCAGCUUGAGUUCAUCCAUAUCCAUAAAACUGCCAAGCUUCUUGAAGGGUCGGUUGUUCUGGGUGCUAUAAUUGGUGGUGGGAGUGAUGAAGAAGUGGAAAGGCUCAGAAAGUUUGCCAUUGGAAUUGGGUUAUUGUUUCAGGUUGUAGAUGAUAUAUUGGAUGUGACGAAAUCAUCCGAGGAAUUGGGGAAAACUGCUGGAAAGGAUUUAGUGGCAGAUAAGGUAACAUUCCCUAAAUUAAUGGGGAUUGAGAAAUCAAGGGAGUAUGCUGAGAAAUUGGUUAAAGAGGCUAAAGAACAGCUUGUUGGAUUUGAUCAAGAAAAGGCUAAACCCUUAAUUGCUCUUGCUGAUUAUAUUGCUUACAGACAGAAUUGAUUGAACAUAAUGGUGGUGGAGUAUGUCAUUCUUGUUAGAUUAUAUGGGAAAAGUUGAUUGUUGUUGUCAUUAUAACAGUUUCAUAGCUGUAGUAAUUUUUAUUUAGAGCAGGAGGAACAUAUAAAGAUCCUCAUUAUAGGGUACAUCUGCAAUGAAAAUUCUCCACAAUGUAUAAGCAUGUGGAAUUUCUUAAUGAUUUUCAUACAUGGGUUCAUCUUA